GGGGGGUGACACCGCCCUGGAACCCCGCGGCCUUUGUGACACCAUGGCCACCACGCUGCCGCUGCCGGCGCCGGCGGCCCCGCAGUGUCACUUGUCACCACCGCCGCCACCACCGCCGCCACCGCCACCGCCGGCGCCGCUGCUGCCGCCCCGUCCAGCCCGGGCAGCCGCGCUGCGGGCACUCACGUCUCCCCCCGAGGGCCCUGGGGAGGGCGCGCCACCAGCAGAGCCCCCCAUGUCCAGCGAGGGCUGGGUGGGCCCCUGGAGACCCCACCGGCCCCGGACGGCGGUCUCAGCCAGGUUCCGCACCCCCGGGCCCAAGUACGAGCUGCCCGGCAGCAUCGGCUGCGACCCGCAUGACUCCGCCAGCCCCCCGCGCCCCCGCCUACACCUUCGGGCACCGGGCGGGGGGCUCCCAGCAGCCGCGCUCCCCCGGGCCCCACGAGGGCCCGCCUUCAGCAUGGGCGGCCGCCCCGCCGCCCGGCCGGCCAGCAGCACACCUGGGCCAGCGUACUAUCGCCCGGAGCGGGCGGACAGGGUGACCCUGCCCUCGGCUCCCGCCUGCUCCAUGAGCUUCCGCGGCCGCCCGGACACACCCCAGGAGACGCCAGGCCCUGCCAGCUACCAGCUGCCGCCCGUGAUGGGCUCCGGCCUGGUGAACAAGAGAUCGGCCCCCCAGUACAGCCUGACGGGGCGCGGCCCCAGCAUCUUCGACUACAAGAUUAGGACCCCAGGACCCCUGAACUACAACACCGUGGACACCGACGUGUACAUGGCCCGGGCCCCCCGCUGCACCAUGGCAGGGCGGCCCCGGCCCCGGCAGGCCUCCAUCACCCCCGGGCCCGGCGACUACAGCCCGCAGCAGGGCCAGAGACAAGGACAGAGCUUCGGCGUGCGCCACUCGGAAAUGGUGAUCCCCGUGAUGGACCCGCGCCUGUAGGGGAGCGGGGACGCGGGUGACACUGCUCGCCUGUGACAAACACGAGCUGCA